CCACCCUCUGCGGCCCCCUCUCUCUCCCUCGCCUCUUGUUUUGUCCUCUCCUCCUCGCCGCGCACGAACUCCAGAGCAAGCGCACGCGCCACCACCGCCAUCCCGAGCCGAGCCCCCCCGAUGUCGACGCCGUCGGGCUCGCCGGCGCCGGCGACGGACCGGCGCCUCGCCUUGCUCCUCUCCCACCUCCGCCCGUCCGCCUCCCCGCUCGCAGGCGGCCCCGGCGCCCCCCGCGCCAACGCAGAGCACCACCAGAUGAUGGCAGCGGCCGCGGCGGAUUGCCUCUCCGCGUCCCCAUGCGCAGGCGGAGGGACGGGGCAGUCCUCGGGUGGCGGCUACUGCGUGUUCUGCGAAAUCGUGAAGGGCACCUUACCGGCCACGAAGCUCUACGAGGAUGAUACGUGCUUGUGCAUCCUGGAUGUUAAACCACUCAGUGUUGGGCAUUCCCUGGUCAUUCCAAAAAGCCAUUUUUCAUCACUACAAGAAACACCGCCAUCUGUGCUAGGAGCCAUAUGUUCUAAACUACCGCUUCUUGCCAAGGCAAUCACUGAGGCUACUCAAUGCGAUGCAUUCAAUGUGCUAGUCAACAAUGGAGAGGAAGCAGGACAAGUCAUUUUUCAUACUCAUGUCCACAUCAUUCCCCGGAGCAAAGAUGAUGGGCUGUGGUCUUCAGAGACCUAUGAAAGGAACUUCCUAGAGGAUAACCAGGACACUAAGAAUCUUGUUAGCUGCAUCAAGGAAUUACUCCCUUCACCUGAGGACUACAGUACUGAAGGGUCAACAGUACCAAAGUAAUUCUGGAACAAGACAGUAGAUAACCAAGUCAAAAGGCAAAUUUUCUGUUUCUUCUAGCACAGCUUGAAGAACAUUGCUGGAAGAUGAAUUCAUGUAUAGUUCUACCUCAGGCCUCGAAGUUUUGACACUAACUGGCUCAGCAAUCAUCAUAGAAAAGCCAAAAUCAGACGUAGAUCGUAAGGUCAUAGUUGAUACUUGAUAGAGACCCAAUGCAUUGUGUAAAGAAUUAGUCAAAAUAGGUUUCUCGAAGUCACGGUUUUAAAGCUUAGUGUUGGCUGAUGGAAGUGAGAACCGGCAAAACCUUGGAUGGUGCAUUACCAUCUGAACAAUGUUUUGAUAUUUUGGGCUAAAAAAUGUUUGGAUAUUUCCAGCUU